AUCGAUAGUUGCUAGGGACUUUUGGCACAACUCUCGUUCGACCCCAAUAGAGACAUCCGAUACACCUCUCUUCCGUCUCCCUUCUUUAAACCCUCAGAAAUCCCUUCAUUUUCCUGCUGACCUUUCCUUAUCCACCCAUCAAUGGCGGCCUUCACCAUUCCAGGCGCCAUCACCACUCCUCCAUUAUCCUCACCUUCUCAAUUCUCCAAGUCACACCAUUCUUUUCACCUUUCUAACAAUAUCCAUCUCUCCAAAUCCGCUUCCAUUCACUCUUUUCUCCCCUCUCAUGAAUCCACAAAAAACCCUAAUCAAUCUUUCCGGAAUUCUCUUACACCCUCUUACGCAAAGCCCCUUCAAUCAAUUCUUUCUCAUCCAAUGACUAAAACCCUAAUCAUAUCUUCCCCAAUUGGACUCCUCAUUUUCUUCAAUGGUGGAAACGGAGGUUUCAACAAUGGAGGAAAUGGUGGUGGUGGUGGUGGUAGUGGUGGUAAUGGAGAUUCAUGGUGGUCACGUUUGCUUACACCAAAAGCCUUAGCAGAAGAUGAUAACGACAAUGGUUCUGAUAAAUGGGAUCCUCAUGGAUUACCAGCUAAUAUUGUAGUUCAGCUUAAUAAAUUAAGCGGGUUUAAGAAAUAUAAGGUUUCUGAUAUUCUUUUCUUUGAUCAAAGAACUAGAAGUACUGUUGGUACUGAAGAUUCAUUCUUUGAAAUGGUUUCUUUGAGACCUGGUGGUGUUUAUACUAAAGCACAGCUUCAAAAAGAGCUUGAAACUUUAGUUACUUGUGGCAUGUUUGAGAAGGUUGAUUUAGAAGGGAAAACUAAUCCUGAUGGUACUAUCAAAGUUUCUAUUAAUUUCUUUGAAAGUACUUGGCAAGCUGCUGAGAAAUUCAGGUGCAUCAAUGUGGGUUUAAUGCCACAAACAAAGCCCGUUGAGAUGGAUCCUGAUAUGACUGAAAAGGAGAAGCUGGAUUAUUUUAUUAGUCAGGAGAAGGAUUAUAGGAGGAGGAUUGAUAAAGCACGUCCGUGUCUUUUGCCACUUGCGCUUUACCGAGAUGUAAGGAAGAUUUUGAUGGACAAGGGGUUGGUAUCUGCCAGGUUGCUGCAGCAAAUCAGGGAUACAGUUCAGAAAUGGUACCAUGAUGAGGGUUAUGCAUGUGCUCAAGUGGUUAAUUUUGGGAAUUUGAAUACAAAUGAAGUUGUUUGUGAGGUAGUGGAAGGAGAUAUUACCCAGUUGUUGAUCCAGUUUCAGGAUAAACUUGGGAAUGUAGUUGAAGGGAAUACACAGUUUCCUGUAGUCUGGAGGGAGCUGCCUAAGCAGCUUAGAGUGGGUCACGUCUUUAAUAUAGAAGCAGGCAAGCAAGCUUUGAGAAAUAUAAACUCUCUGGGAUUAUUUUCAAACAUUGAAGUGAAUCCUCGCCCAGACGAAAAGAAUGAAGGAGGAAUUAUUGUUGAGAUUAAGCUUAAGGAACUUGAUCAGAAGUCAGCUGAAGUAAGUACGGAGUGGAGUAUCGUUCCUGGUCGUCAAGGCCGUCCUACACUGGCUUCUAUCCAGCCAGGCGGAACUGUCUCUUUUGAACACAGAAACAUCAAGGGUCUUAAUAGAUCAUUUCUUGGUUCAGUAACCACCAGUAACUUCCUUAAUCCACAGGAUGAUCUUGCUUUCAAGUUUGAAUAUGUGCAUCCAUAUAUUGAUGGUGUAUAUAAUUCUCGCAACCGAACUUUCAAAGCAAGCUGCUUCAAUAGCAGAAAGUUGAGUCCUGUGUUUACAGGUGGCCCAGGACUGGAUGAAGUUCCUCCUAUUUGGGUUGAUAGAUCUGGUCUGAAAGCAAAUAUUACCGAGAAUUUCACAAGGCAGAGUAAGUUUACUUAUGGGCUUGUAUGUGAAGAGAUUACAACACGGGAUGAAAGCAGCCAUAUUGCCACUACUGGCCAAAGGAUUUUGCCAAAUGGUGGAAUUAGUGCUGAUGGGCCUCCAACAACUUUAAGUGAUACUGGUGUUGAUCGUAUGGUGUUCGCCCAGGCUAAUAUUACACGAGAUAAUACAAAGUUUGUAAAUGGAGCUAUAGUUGGUGAAAGAAAUGUGUUUCAGGUAGACCAAGGCCUCGGGAUAGGCACUAAAUUCCCAUUUUUCAACCGUCAUCAACUGACACUAACCAAGUUCCUCCAACUGAUGCAAGUAGAAGAAGGCGCUGGAAAACCACCACCACCUGUUCUUGUCCUACAUGGUCACUAUGGUGGUUGUGUGGGAGACCUUCCAAGUUAUGAGGCUUUCACCCUUGGGGGACCCUAUUCUGUUAGGGGUUACAACAUGGGGGAACUUGGUGCAGCUAGAAACAUUCUUGAGCUUGCGGCUGAGUUACGGAUACCUGUCAAAACUACACAUGUGUAUGCUUUUGCUGAACAUGGAAACGAUCUUGGAAGCUCUAAAGACGUCAAGGGUAAUCCAACUGAAGUUUACCGGAGAAUGGGCAAGGGUUCGUCUUAUGGAGUUGGUGUCAAGCUAGGUCUUGUUCGAGCUGAGUAUGCUGUCGAUCAUAAUUCUGGUAUUGGCUCAUUAUUUUUCCGGUUUGGGGAGAGGUUUUGAGCUUGAUGGCAUUUUUUUUUGAAUUUAUUUAGCUUUUUGAUAGAUUGAUGUAGAACGGAAUUUCUGAGGAUUGUGAGUGGCGGAUUUUUAGCUUUAGUAUGACCCAUUGUCUUCUAAGGGAGCUAUGAGAUUUCAGAUAUGAGAACGGAUUUUUUUUUUAGUCAAUAGAGCGUUCAAUUGAAGUUGUCAAUACUUCCCUCUAAAUUUGAUGUUUGAUGUCGAAGUCAAAUCAUAAGCUUUAUGGUCAAAUUAUUUGGUCUUUC